AUGGCAAGAAUCGCAAUUGACAACGUCGCGGCCAAAGGCAUCUCCUAUUACACCCCGGCUCAAGACCCUCCAGCUGGAAUCCAAGUCGAAGGGACGACUAAGCUUUUCAGCCCGUUGACAAUUCGAGGCGUCACAUUUCCAAACCGUCUGUUUCUCGCCCCUCUCUGUCAGUAUUCGGCAAAAGAUGGAUACGCAAAUGACUGGCACCUUACGCAUCUUGGAGGGAUCAUUCAGCGCGGCCCUGGCCUGGCAAUUGUAGAAGCAACAGCCGUGCAGAGUGUUGGUCGAAUCACACCACAAGAUCUUGGUCUCUGGGAGGACGGCCAGAUUGAGCCAUUGAAACGCAUCACCGAGUUUGCCCACGGCCAGAAUCAAAAAAUCGCGAUUCAGUUAGCUCAUGCUGGCCGCAAGGGAAGCACUCUUGCGCCAUGGCUUAGCGGCAAUGCCAUGGCGACCGAGCAAGUAGGCGGAUGGCCAGACGAGAUUGUCGCUCCAUCGGCCAUUCCCCAUGAAGAAGGGGUCAAUACUGUACCGAGGGCUCUUACGAUUCAAGAUAUCGAAAAGCUAAAGGACGACUUUGCAGAGGCUUCCCGGCGGGCUGUCGAGGCGAAUUUCGACGCCAUCGAGAUUCAUUCGGCACAUGGAUAUUUGCUACACGAGUUUCUCAGCCCAAUAAGCAACAACAGAACUGAUAAGUAUGGCGCUAGCUUCGAAAACAGAGUGAGAAUAGUGCUAGAAAUCGUGGACCGGGUUCGAUCCGUGAUCCCCAGCACAAUGCCCUUACUAGUCCGUAUAAGCGCUACCGACUGGUUCGAGUUUAACGACACCCUGAAAAACGAAUUCCCAGAUUCGUGGACGGUUGCUCAAUCAGCCAAGCUGAGCUCCCUCCUAGCGGACCAUGGUGUCGACCUGGUAGACAUCAGUUCUGCGGGCAUUCAUCCCAAGUCGGCGAGUGGUAUCAAAUCGGGGUCAGCAUACCAAGCCGAUUUCGCGAGAGACAUCAAGAAGGCUGUUGGAGACAAGCUUUUGAUCUCAGCUGUUGGUGGCAUCAAAACGGGUGCUCUCGCCGAGGAAGUUUUGCAGUCCGGCAUAGAUGUGGUACAAGCCGGUAGGUGGUUCCAGCAGAAUCCUGGCCUGGUAAUGGCAUUUGCAAACGAGUUGGGAGUUACGGUGCGAAUGGCUAGACAGAUCGCUUGGCCAUUUGAAGGUAGAGGAAAGCGAGCAAAGAAAAGCGUUCUGUGA